AUGGCAACCAUAGGACUGGGCGUAUUUGAGAAUGACGAGUGUGCAGAGGCAGUCAGGAUCGCGUUGCAGAAUGGGUACACCCAUAUCGACUCGGCCCGAUACUACCGCAACGAGGCACAGGUGGGAGAAGGAGUGAAGCAGGCAGGGAAAGACCGUUCGGAACUGUUCAUCACGUCGAAGGUCUACUGGACCGAGUACGUGGGUGAAACUGCCUUGGACAACACCACAUCCUCAGAGGCGUCCCAGCAAGCCGCAAGGAGGACUGUACGGAGCGCGGUGCAGGACUCCGUGGAGAAGCUGAAGCGUGGGCUUGGGGUAGACAAGGCAUACUACGAUUUGUACCUUCUGCACAGCCCGCACGGAGGAACGAAUGCAAGGCUCGGUGCAUACAUGGCCCUGUUGGAUGAGAAGCAAGAAGGGAGGAUCCGAGCGGCAGGCGUGUCGAACUUCUCUGACAAACACAUUCAAGAGAUCGUAGACGCGGGCCUGGAGAAGCCAGCGGUCAACCAGAUCGAGUUGCAUCCGUUUUGCCAACAGAGGCCUAUUGUGGAUUACUGCAAGAAGCACGAGAUCGUCAUACAGGCGUACAGCCCUCUAGUGCGCGGAGUUGCCAGUAAAUUCGACCACCAAGUGAUCCGAGACAUUGCGAGCAAGCUGGAGAAGACACCAGCACAAGUGCUCGUGAGGUGGUCCCUGCAGCACGGAUUUGUCCCGCUCCCAAAAUCAGCGAGAGAGAAGCGAAUCGUUGAGAACGCACAAGUAUACGGAUGGGAGAUUGUCGAUGAGGACAUGGCUGCUCUGGACGCGCUGGACGAGGGCGGGAAGGGCGCAGUCACUUGGAACCCUGUUGAUGUUGAGUAG